UAGUACCGCCGAGCGCGAGAGAGAGGAUGUCGCACGCGGAGAGGCUUGAGGGCAGCAGCGAGGCGGACCGGAACAGCAGCAUGAUGGGUAAGCGCACUAAAAUCCCCCAUUAGAACAGUUACCUCACUAACCUGAUAACUAAAUAAAUUAAUCUACUAGUUUACGGUGUAUUUGAAGGGUGUAUAGCCCCACCGCCUCUGGUCGGUCUGCUGUUUCCUGGGACUCACAGAUCAGUUCAUAAUGUGUUCCUGGAGUAGGGGGAUAUUUCAUGUCCGUACUAACAUGUUUGAGUAGCACUACUACAUGUAGUACAACUACAGUACUACUUGUAGUACGGGUUGUUUGAGUUUUUCGGUUUGAUUGUGCAGCUUGGUCGAUACAAGCUCAUCAAGUGUUUCUUUAACUUUGUGCCAUAGCAGUGAGUGACUACAGUGUACGCUAUCUACGUAGCUAGGUUUAAGUUACGCUAUAUACGUAUCUAGGUUAAAGUAAGGCUAGCCUGUCAACAGGUUGUCCGUCUACGUAGCUAGGUUAACGUUUGGCUAGCCUGCUAGCCUGUCAACAGGUAGUCAGUCUACGUAACUUGGUUAAUGUUAGGCUAGCCUGUCAACAGGCAGUCCGUCUACGUAUCUAGGUUAAAGUUAGACUAGCCUGCUAGCAUGCCAACAGGUAGUCUGUUAUGGUUGGUAACGUUUGCCACACUUUACAACGAGAUUACAUCCAGGUUUGAUCCUUGUUCGUUGUGUAGGAUGUCCCGUGUGCGUUUAUGUAUGAAUCAUCAUUACAUUGUCAUUGACUCCACUAGCCCUAGCUUUAUUUCUUGUAAUUGUAAUAAAAUUAAAUUGACAAUCAACACAACUUAUUAUCUUUACGCACUGGGCACCUAUAGAGUAGAUGAAGCAGACACUUUUAAUACUAGAGUUUAAGGAAUAUAGAAGCUUAUGGCAUUGCAGACCUACACAAUUUGCCUGUUAAGCUCUUUAAGACUGUAACUGUGAUUAAGGGCCAUACUUAUCCAUGUUACUUGAGUUAAAAUUGACGGGAGGGGGUGGUAGUCUAUUGAGCAGCAGAGCCAGAGUGCAUGUUGAACAUAGUGCUGCGUGGUGUGCAUGACAUUCAAAUACCACUGUGAGCGGAUGAAACAGCUGAUACUAGCUGCACAUACUACUACUACUAGUAUGUUCAUAUGUUCAUGCGCCUUUUUAUUGAUAUAUUUGACUAGUCAAGCUCCCAAACUUAUCCAAAAUGUCCAUUGACUAGCAGCACUAGCUAAUAUAUAUUUUCAAAGGUAUCUGGUAUUAGGCAUACUAACAUUCUUUCAUGAUGAAGAAUGUUGAUUAGUCUGAUUUAUCUGGGAGCGGUCAGCUUGUCAUUAGUUAAAAGUGACGGCGUCUUCUCUAUCCCUUUUUGUCUAGUUGUAAAAGGAAGUCUGGUAGAAGUAUGCAGAUAGACGUCCUUGCAGCCUCUGAAUAGGGAGAAACUAUCAAAUGUUGUGAUUCAUUUGAGAUUGCAAUGCCAUUUCUAGAGCUCAAUUCUUGUUACAUUUUGAAGUAUCCCAUUGAUAACGUACAGCUGUAUAAAGCUUCCCCCCUCAUCAUCUCCCCGAGAUGAAGAACAGUUCUGAUUGUCAAAACGUAUAUAUUUACAUUAGUUUAGUUGUGCAGCUUUAUUUUCAGAUAAACAAGUGAAUCACAUCUCUGCAAUGCUGUGCGACCGAUGGAACGUUACGGUACCAUCAGUAUAUUUCUUAGUCAGAAAAUACAACUCUUCCAGCCAUUUCUGAUAUUAUUAGUACUCUGGCAGUGUAAGAUUUGCUCUCUCUUGAUUUCACGUGAGGUCAGAAACACUUUGCGGUGGAUGAGCCAAAAAGAGGGACUAUAGUUGUUCUCAACAUGGAUCAAUGAGUUGAUCAAUGAGUAGCUCUGCUGUAAGCUAUUAUUCAAAGUAGUUUGGAGCUUGGAGAAAUCAUUUCAUUUCCUACUGCAGGUUCGCGUUGAAUUGAAUGAAAGAACCGAUUUCAUUAAUUUUAUGAAAGUUUAAUGGUAAACCUGGUACCCCAUUCAAAGUUAUACAACUCUUUGGCUAUUCCGCCUCCUGUAGCAUUUGAUCAACUGUAUUUAGUCUAUUGGUAUACAGGCAGGCUGAACUUGGUGUUUUAGGUGUUCAUUUGUUGUACUUUAGCAGCUGGUAGUCGUUCAUGGUAAUCCCACGAGAAAUAGAGGGUGCUUAAGUUAAGAUGUUCUGAAAAUAAGAAUGGUUUUGUGAAACUGCGUUUCUCACAGCCUUGAUAAACAUCUUGUUCAGCUCUCUGCUGGUUUCACAGCCAAUUCCCUCACUGUGACUUUGCUGAACAUUCAAGUGAUCUGCGAUUCGUCACUUGUCUUCAACACAGGAAGUGGUGGGGAGACGGUGUGAGCUUGCUUUAACAGCAACAUUUCCAAGAGGCUGUCACAUUUCUUGGAUUUAGUCUUGUCAAGCAGAGGAUGCAUACGCCCAGAGGAUAAUGGUUUCUCGUUGCAUCACUGUGUAGAGUGGUCUCUUCACUGAGCUCAUUCUGAUCGCUUGUCAAAAUACUAGACUUGUGUUAAUCAAAACUACUCCCACCAACGCAAAUGUAAAUUUCAGAGGGUAUUUUUAAACCAACUUGACUAUUACCGAUUCAGUAUUGCUUGGAAUAUAAAGCUAGUAAAAGCAUACACUCACCAAAUCUGGGAAAUUGUUGCUUUAGUAAAACAGUAAAUCUAAGCUGUUACUCAGUGCACAGACGUGAAGACAAUUGGUCCAUGUUUACAUCUCAUUCACGGUAUAAUCCAUCCGACCAACGUACGGGGAACUGAAUGACAUAUACGAAGUUAGGCCCACAUAUACGAAGCAGGCCCACCUAACGAAGUUAGGGCCUGCCUGACUGUUAUUAUUACUAGAGCUGUCAGUUAAACGCGUUAUUAACGGCGUUAACGCAAACCAAUUUUAACGGUGUUAAAAAAAUUAUCGCGCAAUUAACGCAAUUAUUUUAUUUAAAAAUAUAUAUAUAUAUUUUUUUUUUCUUUGGCUCAAAACAAAGAAGCAGUAGCCUGACUGCUAUGUUCAAAUGACAUUUGUUCAAAGCAGUCGUUUAAUUGCACUAUAGGCUCUUUUUUUGUAUCGUCCUGUUUUGAUCAGUAUAUGCCAAUGUUGUUAUCAAUAAAAAAUCAUUUGCACAAGGCAAGCCGAUGCACUUCACCAUGUUGAUAAGAGAAUUAAAAUGAGAAGAAUUAUGGGACAAAAAAAUCAAGGGAUAUUUAGCAUAGAAAAACAAUUUGCGAUUAAUCGUGAGUUAACUAUGACAUUAAUGCGAUUAAUCACGAUUAAAUAUUUUAAUCGCUUGACAGCUCUAAUUAUUACAGUCUCUCUUCUGUCUCAUAUUUGUACUCCAGUGAUUUGUUUGGUGGUUAGAAUCAGGCUGGACAGCUAGACGGACACCAGAUCAUUUAAUGUAUUUUUGACUGUGAUUGUAAUAUUUCCUAUAACUUAAUGUGCCUUUUGCUUUUUUCCUGCUUCAUUCAUUCACUCGGAUCACCUCCUCUCUGCGUCACCCUUGCGCUGACAACCUUUCCCUUUGAACAGCUCAACAGAAGAACCUGGAGGGCUAUGUGGGCUUCGCCAAUCUGCCCAACCAAGUGUACCGGAAGUCGGUGAAGAGAGGCUUUGAGUUCACACUCAUGGUUGUGGGAGAAUCCGGCUUGGGGAAAUCAACACUGAUCAACUCCCUUUUUCUGACAGACCUGUACUCGCCCGAGUACCCUGGCCCCUCCCACAGAAUCAAGAAGACUGUCAAGGUGGAGCAGUCCAAGGUCCUGGUGAAGGAGGGCGGGGUCCAGCUGCUGCUCACCAUCGUGGACACCCCCGGCUUCGGGGACGCCGUGGACAACAGUGACUGCUGGCAGCCGGUCAUCGACCACAUUGACAACAAGUUUGAGGACUACCUGAACUCCGAGUCGCGGGUGAACAGACGCCUGAUGCCCGACAACAGAGUGCACUGCUGUCUCUACUUCAUCGCCCCCUCCGGACACGGGCUGAAGCCCCUGGACAUCGAGUUCAUGAAGCGGUUACACGAGAAAGUCAACAUCAUCCCCCUCAUCGCCAAGGCCGACACCAUGACGCCCGAGGAGGGCCAGCAGUUCAAGAAGCAGAUCAUGCGGGAGAUCCAGGAGCACAAAAUCAGGAUCUACGAGUUCCCCGAGACGGACGACGAGGAGGAGAUCAAGCUGGUGAAGAAGAUCAAGGAGCGCCUGCCCCUGGCGGUGGUCGGCAGCAACACGAUAAUCGAGGUCAACGGGAAGCGUGUGCGGGGACGGCAGUACCCCUGGGGCGUGGCCGAAGUGGAGAACGGGGAGCACUGUGACUUCACCAUCCUCCGGAACAUGCUCAUCAGAACCCACAUGCAGGACCUGAAGGACGUGACCAACAACGUCCACUACGAGAACUACCGCAGCCGCAAGCUGGCAGCCGUCACCUACAACGGCGUGGACAACAACAGGAACAAGGGCCAGCUCACCAAAAACCAGACAGAUGACGGCAUGAGUCCUCUGGCCCAGAUGGAGGAGGAGAGGAGGGAGCACGUCUCCAAGAUGAAGAAGAUGGAGAUGGAAAUGGAACAGGUGUUCGAGAUGAAGGUCAAGGAGAAGAUCCAGAAGCUCAAAGACUCCGAGGCUGAGCUCCAGCGGCGCCACGAGCAGAUGAAGAGGAACCUGGAGGCGCAGCACAGGGAGCUGGAGGAGAAGAGGCGCCAGCACGAGGACGAGAAGGCCCAGUGGGAGGCCCAGCAGAGGCAGCUGGAGCAGCAGAAGCUGGAGGCCUCCAGGACCUUGGAGAAGAACAAAAAAAAGAAGAUAUUUUAAUUCACGGCGGGACGGCCUCCCGGGUUCCAUCACCCUUCCAUCGCCCUGUCCAACGACCCCAGCGUCUGACCUGCAGCAGCACGCCACGGAGCGACGAGCCAAAGACAGCGGGCUGGGGGCGGAGCCCAGACCUGCAGACCUCAAAGCCACCCUGCUCCCCUCCUCUCCCUUCAGGAUCCAAAGAAACUCUUCGCCAGAUAUUCAGAGACUGCUGCGAGAGAGUUGUACAAUCGUUCUACCGCCUCGGCUCAUUAGAGCUGUGUCGUCUGUUUUUUAAAUGCCAAAUGUCAAAAGACAAAGAGAAAGUUAUAGAGCUUUCUUCACUUUAUAGCCCACCAGUGACCGCAGUGGACUUCCUACCCUCAGGCAUUGUUUUUUAAUGUUUUUUUACCUUUUUACCUUUGACUCAGUUACAUCGCUAUCCUUCUUCCCCAGCCAAGAUAUUAUUCUCUUCCUUGACUUCCAUUUAAAUUAUAUAACCUUGGACAUCGGUGUUUAACUCCAGGUCCUCUGAUGUCUUCAUACUUCUGUGCAAUCCUUUUUUCUUUCUUUAUAUACUGUAGCUCUCCAAAUGUUAACCCCCUGCUCCGUUUCACAAUACCCAUCACUGUCCUUCCUGUAUCUCCUGAUGUGCUGAGUGUAAAUAAAGAAGUGGGUCAGAAGCGAGAACGAAGACCAGCGAUAUCAAUCAGCGCUCAUGUUUAAACCCUUCUGGGGUGGGUCUUGGAACCCCUGCGCCGAGGCCUGGGUAACCCCUGCCUUGAAGCCUUGGUAACCCUGCGCUGAGGCCUGGGUAACCCCUGCGCUGAGGCCUGGGUAACCCUGUGUUGAGGCCUGGGUAACCCCUGCGCUGAAGCCUGGGUAAUCCUGCCUUGAGGCAGGAUUACCAUGCCGCAAUGAAGGCGUGGGAAUCCCUGCCUCGUCUUCAUCAAACUAGUAUUUUCGCUGCUGUCAGUUAACUCCUUUUUAUUGAACCGUCUUUUUUGCUAAGUUUUUAUUCUACAGUCACAGAAAUAAAACUGAUGCGGGAGAUAAAAAGUUUGACCUAUAUUCUUGAGUCAAACUUCUAACGCCCAGCAGAGGGCGACAUCACACAGCCUUUAUCAACAAGGUGACGCUACAUUGGAUGCGCUUCAUUAGUUACGCUAGUUACUUGUGUUAUGAACACCCUCCAAAACCAUCUCACAAUAAUGGGUUUGUUGAUUCAGGUUAUUAAUGAUAAAAAUGGAAGGAAGGAAGUGCGGGGUCAACCUCGAGAUGUGGGUCAUGGUGUCCCAGAAGAAAUGCUCGACGGCUGCCUUCUCGGUAAACGAACGCACCUGCCCAGUAGGCACAGCUUAGGCACCCUCUGAACUUUAAACCGCGGUCUUUCGCAGGUGAUAGCACAGCCAGCAUUUGUGCAGAGUGCAUUAUGCCAUCAUGUUUUUCACUGUAGCGUAAUCACCCCCAACCUUUCGCCCACUUCUGGGCUCUUUCAACAGCAGACACAAAAAACGAAAUAAAUGCAUGGAAGGUCACUGAAAGCUUGAAAGCUUUGU